AUGUCUCCCGAUUGUGAUUCACAUUCCCCGACUGACCGGUCGCUGGCAGCAAGCACAAGUCCAGCGCAUUCGGUUGUCCCAAGGAAUGAGGAUCUCUUCAACAGAUUGAGCAACAAUCGAGUUUUAUCGUCGCUCUUUGAAUGGACGUCGGGCUCCGUUGCCGAACCACUCUUGCGUUUUGCACAUCAUUUCUCUGGUUUUGUCAUGUCUCCCGAUUGUGAUUCACAUUCCCCGACUGACCGGUCGCUGGCAGCAAGCACAAGUUCAGCGCAUUCGGUUGUCCGAAGGAAUGAGGAUCUCUUCAACAGAUUGAGCAACAAUCGAGUUUUGUCGUCGCUCUUUGAAUGGACGUCGGGCCCCGUUGCCGAAGUCAAUGGCACCAGAAAACAAGCGAAGCUUUUCUGCUCUUCUCAGAAGGACCCUCCCAACCGGCCAGGCUACAACCAUUUUGCCGGUGCCAUCUCGUCCGACGAGGAUUUUAGGGUUUUUCCCCAUUUUGGGCUCACCUCGAAGAAACUGAAAGAGAAGAGGUCACUUCGUGCCACAAGAUUUCAACAGCUUGUCCGAUACAAUUCGAUGAAAACCCCUCUUUUUAUUCGCGCCUGA